AUGUAGUUUAUCACAGAGCCAAAAUUCAUCAAUAUUUCCAAUCUUUCCAAUAUUUCUAAUCCUCGCAAACUGUUAUCCCUCAUUUAAGAAUAUGAACUAAAGUUUCGUCCUGAUUCUCCUAUUACUUAAAAAGCCAUGGAAAGUAUGGGAUUAGAUUAUCAUCACUUCCGUCGAAAGUUUCAUUUGUGAUCUGACUCAUCUAGGAAUAAGUUCGAGUUACGCUACGAUUUUGAGAUCCAAAAAAUUCCAUAUACAGAAGUAGAUAUGUAGAAGGCCUAUAUAAAUUACAUGAGAGAGCUGAUCAGUAUUUAUAAUAUAUAUCUAUCAAAUAGGAGAUUAUUAGAAUCUCUUUGAUAAUAGGAAAAGAAUUAAGAUUGAUUUUUAAAAAAGGUAGAGAGAAGAAGAUGAACUCAGAGGCUAGUAUAUUCAUAUUUCAUAUUUAGUAAAUGGCCUGAAUCUGAUUUUAUCAAAAAGAUAAUUCCUAAACCAAUUGAAACUCCAACUUUGGAUAAAAAAUUAUAAAUAAUUGAAGAAGAAAGAUGUAAAGAACAAAAAAUUAAUGAUUGUUUUGCUAAAGAAGCAAUUAGAUAGGAAUUGGAUAGAAGACUUAAAUAUCAAGAUGAUUAAUAAAGGGAAUAGAAACUUCUUGUUUCACGUAAAGAGACUUUUGAAAAUCUAAGGAAGAAGGCAGCAUAAGAAAAUAAAAAAGUUAUUGAGAGAUUAUAAACUCAUUAAUAAAAAAUAAGAAAAUAAUUAGAUAAAGAUUUUUAUACUUCUAAAUCUAUUUAAGAAAAAAUGGAAGCCAAGUAAUAUAAUUUAAUAUUGUUAUUUUAUAGAGAAUUAUUAAUUUAAUAACAACGAACAAAAAUGAUAUCAGAAAUAGCUUCUCGUAAUCGUAAAUUAGAAGAUAAAAUUAAUCAUUUUAAAGAUGAUUUUGGUAAUCGUUUGAUGGAAGAACUUGUUAGAAAAUAACAUGCAUUAGAAUAAUCAAUGAGUAAAAGAUAGAAAACUGCAGAAUAGAUGGAAAAAUAUAGAUUAGAAAAAUAAUAGUAUUUUGAAUAGAAAUUAAAUAAUAUUAAUCUAAAAAUUAAACAAGAAAGAGAAGAAAAGGAAUCUGAAUUAUUUAAUAAAGUUGGUUAGAAAUUAUCAAAAUCAGAGAAAUUGUAAGAAGAACAUGAUAAAUUAAUAUAGAAAAUGUAGUAAAAUAAAAAGAAUGAAUAAUAAUCAAGAUUUUCAAAAUAGAAAGAAAGAUAUAAAUAAAUAGAAGGGAAAUAAUCAGAAAAAUUAGAAGAGUGGGAUGAAAAAUUAUAAAGUAUUUAAGAUAGAAUUGAAAAGUUUUAAAUAAAAAAAAGUGAGGAAUGGAAAUCUAUUAAGGAAUAAAAAAUUUAAAAUUAAAAAGAACAUUUAGAACUUAUUCAAUAUAUGAAGAAAAAGAAGGAAGUAAAUAAAAGUUAUUAAAUUUAGAAUAAAAAUGAAAAGUAAUAUCUAGAAAGAUAAAUUAUGGUUUAAAAUAAAUUAAAGAAAUUGAAAGAUGAAUAAGAAUAUAUUAGAAUUUAUUAAACUGUAUCUAAAUAGAGAUUUGAAUAAAAUGCUUUGAUUUAAAUUGGAGAAUUAGUAAAUUUGAAAUAUUCAUCAUCUCUUUAAUUACUUAAGUAUAUUUGGCUAUUAUUCUAUUAGUAAAUUAAAAGAUCUAGAAGAAGAAGAAGGAUUUAAUGAUAUUUAAUAGAAAUACAAAUAAAUUGUCAAAGUACCAGAAAAAAAACCUGUAGAGUGA